UGAGACAUGGGGAGAUACGUCUUGGACACGCGAAAAUUCGUAUCCGAAUAUUUUAUUUAUUUUUUGACACUUGGACAUGGACCGUGUCAUGUGGUGACACGGCCCGUUUUGCUUUGGACAUGCCACCUAAGUGCCACCUCAACCUUUUUUCUUUUUUCUAUUUUUUUUAAAUGAAACCCCUUUUUACAGUAAAUCAGUGAUACGUUAGGGGUUUCUUUCACAAUUCGCAAAUCGCAAGUUCACUUCACAGAGUUUGUUGCCGCUACCCCUCACUGCCAACCACCGCCGGCGCUACACCCAGUCAACCACCGCCGGCUGCUCGUCUGCUGUUGUGGCUUCGGUGUUGCGGGGCUGUGCUAGAUCUCCUUCCCUUCACCAUCUUCUUCUUAAUCUUCUACUUUGGUGGACCAAAUUCCAGUAUGCAACGAUGCUCGAGUGCUCGUAACACUUUGUUUACUAGUUUUCAACAAAAUGCCGUCAAGCCACAAAGCCGCCUCCACCGCUCAACGCUGCAGCAGCCAGCAUUGCAACACCGUCCAAGCUCUAGGUUUUUUUUUCCGUCGUAGCCACCUCGCGCCUCCUGACCGUAGCCACUGGCGGACCUGUCCAGCCACCUCACAGCCCCCUGUCCGAAUUUAUUCUCUCGCAAAAAUGGAGGUGGUAAUGGCGUCGUCUUCCAUGGACGGCGGGGUAGGUCGCUGGGAAGAAGACUCUAACGCCGAGAAAUUCCGUUACAAAUCUUGCUUAUCCCCUCCUCAUGGCCUCGUUUCCGUCGGUGGUCGUUUCUUCGCGUCCUCUCAACUCCGCGACUCCUCCGCUUCUGGCUCCAUUCUCUACUGGUCUUGGCACAAGCCUCAGCCUGAAGUCAAGAGUUUUCCGGUUGAGCCGAUAAAACCGUUAGUAUCGAAUCGUGAGGGUACUUAUCUCAUUGGUGGCGGUGCUUCCGGUGAUGUUUUUGUUUGGGAGGUUUAUACUGGUAGAUUACUGAAGAAAUGGCGAGCGCAUUACGGGGCUGUUUCUUGUUUGACAUUGUCAGAUGAUGAAUCCCUGCUUAUAUCUGGAGCAGAAGAUGGACGUGUUAAAGUUUGGUCGCUUUUCAUGAUGUUUGAUGAUGCUAGAAGAAAGGAAGCUAGGCAUGAUCAUGUGCAUAAUUUUCGAGAGCAUACUUUGCGUGUUACAGAUGUCAAAACAGGUCAUGGUGGAUCUAAUGCUGUAAUUAUUUCUGCUUCAGAGGAUCAAACUUGUAAGGUGUGGAGCUUGGCGACAGGAAGAUUGUUGCGGAAUAUUACAUUUCCAUCUGUUAUCAAUGCAAUUGCCAUUGAUGUGGGUGAAUAUGCUUUUUAUGCUGGUGGUAGAGAUGGCAAGAUAUACAUAGCUGCACUUAAUGCUUUGACUACGAAUAGUACUGACUAUGGAAAGCAUAUUAUUGGCUCAUUAGCUGAUUCGAGUAGGGUUACCUCUCUAGCAUUUCGUUCAGAUGGAAUCUCGUUGGUAUCUGGAUCAGAAGAUGGCAAAAUUCGUGUAUGGGAUACUAGAACUCGUAAUAUUGUUCGCAUGUUUACACAUGGUAAAGGUCCAGUGACCAAUGUUCUGAUUACUAGGAUUUCAGAGAGCGAGUUGAAGUCCCAAGCUUCUCAUGGGAGGAAGGCCUUAUUGCCUCCGUCACUUGAAAAAUAUGCAAAUUCUAGUGAGGAGAUUGUGGGGACAAAGGCUUUUAUUGGUUGUGACAGCUCUUCUAAUCCAGGUUGUGGUUCUUACCUCAUCGAACAUGUGAUGAACAACCAAAUCAAAGAAUUUCAGCAACAAGGCUCAACUACUGCAGCAGAAAUGGAAGUUGAGCGACUAAAACUGGAGUGCAAGAGAGCAACACAGAUGGUCCAACAAUGGAAAAGUAUGUACGACAAUUUGCAUCAGUUUUGUGUUAAUGAGCUUGUUGAUGAAAGUAAUGCCAAACACAUUAAAAUAAACUCUGGUUGAGAUAUUGCAAAGGGGCAUGCAGAUGAUUCAGCUAUUUAAGAAACUGAUAAUCUACAUUGGUUUCGAGCGAAUGAGCUUGUGGAGAUGACACUUGAGCAAACCAUAGGAAUACCAACCCGAUUCAGGCUUUGCUAAGUGUAUUUCAGCAGCUUUCAAGUUUUGUAGGCUUUGUUAGUCUGUAUUUUACAUUUGGUUUGCUUUGGAUCAUAUGUUGAUACAGCGUUAAUUUGCUUAUUGAUUGAUGUGGUUGUACAUGCUACCAAAACCUAUACAAAAGUAUCAGCCUUUUUUUUUUUUUU